UACACUGCCGGCAGCAUCACUCACAGCCUGUGAUAGGAGGAGUAAUAUCGGUGGACGGUGACACGAUGAGACUCUGCGUUGGGCUUCUGAUGAUUUGGGCUCUGGUGAUGCCUGGAAAUUCUGCUCCAUAUGAAAAGGACAAUGAGUCCAACGAUGAUAGACCCCAGAAAAACGAUGAUAAAGAUGAUGACAAUGAUGACGAUGAUAAAGAUGAUGACAAUGAUGACGAUGAUCAUGAUGAUGGAGAAGACAGGGAGUGGAAAAAAAAAUCUACAACCAUGAAAAUGAAUGUACAGACAACAACACAAUAUAAAGAAAAUCAUAAUGGUUCAUCUGGCAUUCAAUGUCUGGAGUGUAUUGAUGGCAUAAUGAAAAACCUAACAAAACCAACCGUAACAUAAUAAGAGGUUAAUAAAAAUACAUUAUCAAGAGUG